AUGUCAUCACUGAAUCUAGCAUCACUAAACGCCACAGCAAAUGCAAAUGCUGUACCUCCAGAAAUAAACAUAUUUAUCGACUCAUUCAUAGCAAGAUUGAAGAGAAGACAAAUUCAAGGCUCAUACCCAAUUGCACUAGAAACGUUACAAUUAUUGAAAAGAUUCAUUUCUGCAGCAAGGUGGUCUCACGUCAAUGAUUUAAUCUUCCAAAUUAGAGCUCUAGCUAAUAGACUAGAGAAAGCACAUCCAACGGCAUUCACUUGCGGGAACGUCAUUAGAAGAAUAUUAGCCAUAUUGAGAGAUGAAAUUGAAGAAGAUAUGAAAGAUGCUUCCAACAAUAUGGCAAUGAAUAACACUGUUACGGAACCAUUAAUUUCAUCCAUGUUCAACCUGCUACAAAAACCAGAACCAAUGCAACCUCAGAAGAAGUACCCAACAUCUUCUUCUUCUUCCACAAUGAAUAAGACAAAGACGGAUUUCCGUCAAGUUGCUAUACAGGGAAUCAAAGACUUGAUAGACGAAAUUACAAACAUAGAUGAUGGAAUUCAACAGAUAGCUAUCGAUUUGAUUCACGAUCAUGAAAUUCUACUGACACCAACGCCUGACUCCAAGACAGUAUUGAAAUUUCUCAUAAGAGCACGUGAAAGAAGCAAUAGAACAUUCACAGUGCUAGUGACGGAGGGGUUCCCCAAUAACACAACAAAAGCACAAAUAUUCGCUAAAACUCUGGCUCAACAUGACAUCGAAACUAUAAUUAUCCCAGAUUCAGCAGUUUUCGCUCUAAUGUCUCGUGUAGGGAAAGUCAUCAUUGGGACGAAGGCAGUUUUCAUUAAUGGGGGGUCUAUUUCAUCUACUUCAGGUGUGUCCACAGUUUGUGAAUGUGCAAGAGAAUUUAAGACACCCGUCUUUGCUGUUGCUGGGCUAUAUAAAUUGUCACCAUUAUAUCCAUUCGACGUGGAAAAAUUCGUCGAAUUUGGUGGUUCACAACAAGUUUUACCAAGAAGAGAUCCAGGAAUGAGACUGGAUACAGUAAACCCGAUCACUGAUUAUGUCCCACCAGAAAAUAUUGAUAUUUAUAUCACCAAUAUUGGUGGGUUUAAUCCAAGCUUUAUUUAUAGAAUUGCUUGGGAUAACUACAAACAAAUUGAUGUCCAGUUAGAAGAUUGA